GCCAACAACCCGGCGGUCAUCGAUAGUACCCGUUCUAGAAUCUCGAUUUGAUACUCUUCCAACCUGCGGGCGCCGCUCGUGACGUGACUUACCAGAGAACGACGCGGCCGUCCAUCCACAUUAGGUAUCAUCUUGAUGUGUUCCUGCCAGAGGGAAAUGGUCGAGUGCUAAAUGUAGACGCGGACUGAGAUUUAAAGCUCCCUCUCAGCAUGUAGACCCCCUGGCCCCACACACACGAUCACCACACAUCGAAAUGCACGCUCUAAAGUUUGUCGCUUUUUUCGCCUUCAUGAAAUGUCUCGUGUUUGUCAUCAAUAGACGGAGAAACCGAGCUCUCAGACAUGGCCUUCCACUUCCUCCUGGUCCAAGGGGUCUUCCCCUAGUGGGAAAUCUUCUUGAUAUAGACAUUUCUGCACCAUGGACAACGUACGAACAAUGGGGGAGGCGAUAUGGUGGGAUCUCAUAUUGUACCCUACUUGGCCAACAAUUUGUUAUCAUCAAUGACGAGGAAAUACUUCAUGAACUGAUGAUGAAACGGUCGUCGAUCUACUCUGAUUGCCCGUAUCUAUGUACGAACAAGCUAUUCGGACUCGAUUUAAACACAGGCCUGCUCCCAUACUGUGACAAGUGGAGGCUACAUCGAAAGAUGUUCAACGUCGCCUUUAGUAAGCAAACCUCCAAGAAAUACCAAGUCGCGCAGAUGGGGAAGGUGCACCAGUUCCUUGUGAACUUGCUCUCCACACCGCGUGACUAUCCAAAGCACUUGGUCACGUUGUCUACUGCGAUAAUCAUGGCAAUCACUUACGGAUAUGAGGUUGCCCCCAAGGACGACCCUUUUGUGACCAACGUCGCGGGUCUAGUGGAACUGCACACAAAUGUAUUGGCUGCAGAACGUGCCACUUUACUUAGCGCUGUUCCACUCUUGGCGUACAUCCUGUCGUGGCUCCCCGGCGGACAGCUCAAAAAGAGGGCAGCGGAGUGCUGCACUCUUGCGAGAACAGUGCUGGACGAUCCUGUAGGGUAUGUGCAGGAUAGAAUGGCGGCUGGCACGGCCACAACACCAUUUGUGGGUGACUUACUCGAGAUGGAAAUUGGGAGAGAUUUAGCUUCCUCUGAGGAUGAACUUAUCAAAGCAGUGGCAGCCACUGUAUUCCUUGGUGGAGCAGAAACAGUGAGUUUAUGUAGCAUUACAUUGGCCACCACUGAGCCACUGGCGCAGACAUCAUCCACACUCCUUGUCUUCCUCCUUGCUAUGGUGUUAUAUCCAGAGGCGCAGGCCCAAGCUCAAGAGGAGAUCGACCGCGUGGUUGGAGAUACCCGUCUCCCCGAGUUCAGGGAUAGAGAGAAUCUUCCUUACGUCGAGGCUGUACUUUUAGAGACCUUGCGAUGGCACCCCAGUAUUCCCUUAAUGCUUCCACACACGACAACGACGGCAGACGUUUUUCACGGCAUGUAUAUACCAAAGGGUGCGACUGUACUAACCAAUCUUUGGGCGAUAACGCGGAAUGAAAUGCAUUACCCAAAUCCCGCUGCAUUCAACCCCGGGAGACACCUAACUGCUAGUGGAACCCUUAAUCAGAGCACGGCCUCCCCAUACUUGGGACUCGAUCGCCGCAUCUGCCCAGGUAGGCGUAUCGCAGACCAAAGCCUUUGGGCAGCAACAGUAUCUAUCCUUGCCGCCCUACGCAUUGGGAAGGCUAGAGACGAAGCUGGUAAGGAAGUCGACUUUACUCCUGAGUUCACGCUGGCCGGGUUGGCUUCAGGCACGGUCUCCUAGGGCUGCAGAAUUGAUCUAUGCCAGCAUUAGUGCGAAUUGACUGCGUAUCAGGAUCGGAUAUGGCGGGAACCAUUUGUAUAGCGAAGAUCAGGAAGA